UAGCGCUAUAUCGUUCUUGUAGUAUUUUUUUUAUAGAAUAUAUUUGAUCACUUUAAUUGUUAGUUUAUCUUUUUUGCGAUGCGACUUGAAGUUCGAUAUCGACAUUUUACUGCUACAAGAAGUUGAUUUUACAUCAAAGAAGAAAAAAAAGAUGACUCCGAUAGAAGUAACAGAAUUCUUUUUCUUGUGCGUGAUUGGAUUUUUUAUCCUUUCGGGAAAUGCGUUGGUUAUCCUGGCUUUUGUAAAGGGUCCACAAGCGUUGCGUACUUGCACGAAUUAUUUUGUGGUUAAUUUAGCUGUCUCUGAUCUGUUGGUGGGUUGCAUAUCGGUACCAUUUUGGAUUUGUGUAUUGCUUGAUUUCACAAGUGAAGACAAAGAAAAUUUUAAAUACCUGAUUUCACUGGAUAUAUUAUUUGGGACCACGUCAAUCCUGUGUUUGACAGCAAUCAGCCUUGAAAGAAUGUUUGCCGUUAAGUAUCCCGCUCGUCACUUUAACCUAACUAAAAGACCAGUAUAUAUUGCAAUCGCUAUCACUUGGAUUACAGGCUUGAUAUUGACAGCAAUAAAAUUUCUCUUUGAUAGUGAUUUUGGGGAGAAAACAUACACCAUGUUGAUUUUAAUUUUAGCAUUUUUCAUUCCAUUGGUUGUGAUUAUAAUCUGUUACGUCAUGAUAUUUCACACGGCGAAACACCUGCUGAAAGCAUCCAAUCAGACGGGUACGUUAUCACGUGAACUUCAAGUAGCGAAAACUAUCUCUGUCAUUAUAGGGUUAUUUGUUAUUUGCUGGACGCCAUUUUUCGCCGUAAAUAUUCUCUAUUUAUUUUGCACGGUCAAUUGUGAAAAGCUUGACAAACUGGCGUGGUUGGUCAACGUUUCGAAGCUUCUUCACUAUAGCAACAGUAUGAUGAAUUUCUUUGUGUACGCGGUCCGUAGUCCUGAUUUUAGAGUCACUUUUAAAGCUUUGAUAUUUAAUAAAUGUAAUACAAGCGCAAUACGGGAAAGGAUUCGAGCUUUGUCGCUCUCUGAACGAAGAACAAAAUCGAGUUUGUUGAGGCAUAUCCAGAAAAACAAACAAAUUCAUCAGAACCGACACUUACUACCUGAUACAAGACAUUCAACUCACAGCACGGAUACUCAUGAAACAAUUCUUAUCUCAAGUAGUCAAAAAUUAAACGGCUAUGUGUUCUCUGUAGCAGUAUUAAAAUUUAUUUACUCAGGAUUGCUGGAAAAUUAUAACGUAGUGACCUCCGCGGGCUGUCCUGUUAAUUGCUCCAAAAUACAGACGCAGAAACCGCGACUAUUUAUAUUUCACGUUGUUAAUAGUAAAAGGCUUGAAUUCCGUUUGUGCAAGUAUAACACAUCAAGCACUCUUUGCGACGAAAGAACAUUAUCAUAUUACGCACAAGAAAAACACUUUUUAUCACUUAAAACCUCUCCUUUUCGUCUGAAGGUUCAUUUCAAGAGCUCUGAGAAAAAACGAGUUCUGGGGACGAGAGUAAAACCACUUCAUUCUCUUUCCCAGAGCUCUGAAAAUAAACGAGCUCUGGGGACCAGAAUGACACUAUUUUUAAGGAGUGUUUUUAUUAAAAAGAGGGUGUUUAACCCCGAGGGUUGUUUAUUAAAUUACACAGCUUCACUUGAGGAAGACCCUUAUUCUAUUAAAAGUCCAAAAGGGAUUACAACAGCUUUGUACAACGUGAAGUCAGGUAACGUUGAAAUCUCGUCAAAAACAAUAAACACAAUCUGGAUGGAGGAGAACAUAUCAGUGUUUUUAAAUGUGUCUAAAAAUAUGAGUCGUAAUGCAUCGACGAUGAACAACUCGUCGAUAAUAAGUGAUUCAACACAGAGUUCGUCUAUCAUAACAGUGGUAACUUUUCUUAGUGUGGUAUGCGUGUUAAUUUUACUUGGAAAUGCUCUUGUGAUAUUGGCGUUUACAAAUGGUCCGAGAAGGCUACGUACUUACACUAAUUUUUUUGUUGUGAAUCUGGCUAUAUCAGACCUUAUGGUUGGUUGUUUGUCUGUCCCGUUUUGGAUAUGUUUAGAGCUGGGUAAAACAAGUGAUGGCGCCAAUAAAUUUUUCAUUGCAUUGGAUAUAUUAUUUGGGACGACUUCGAUCUUAUCUCUAGCUGCUAUUAGCUUAGAAAGAAUGUAUGCUGUCAAAUACCCGGCGCAUCAUUUAAAUUUAUCUCGCCGGACAGUUUAUGCUAGCAUAGCGUUUACGUGGACGAUCGGUAUAAUGUUAACUGUCACGAACAUUAUUCUCUUCAAGCAUCAAAAAGUAUUAAUUCUCGUUUUGUUUACAUUUGCUUUUAUCAUCCCGCUUCUUGUGAUUAUAUUUUCGUAUGUCGUAUUAUUCGUCACAGCAUUCCAACUGACAGCUGCUGAUAAUCAACUGAACAGUAUUUCCCGCGAAAUUCAAAUAGCAAAGACGAUAUCGGUUAUUAUUGGCUUAUUUGUAAUAUGCUGGGCGCCAUUUUUUUGUUUGAAUAUCGCAUACACGUAUUGCCCACAUUGUGCGAACUCCUGGACUGUGUCUAUCAGUAUCACCAAGCUUCUUCACUAUAGCAACAGUAUGAUGAAUUUUUUUGUGUACGCGGUCCGCAGUCCUGAUUUUAGAGAAACUUUUAAAGCUCUUAUUUACAAAUGCGAUACAAGUGAGGUUCGAGAAAGAUUACGAAGUAUAUCAUUUCGUUCCAUCCGAAGUAGAUCCUCGACACUUACAUUGAAACGAAACAAUAAUAACUCCUCGGAUAGUUCGGGAAAAAGUGAAGUGCAGUCGCAUUUUCUAAACGUCAAUUACAAUGGUAACACUUUUACUGAAGAAACUGACGUAACAAUAGCUGGGUCUGAAAGUCCUAGUAUUGGAUUAUACUUGUAUGAUUGUAUGCGAUUUGGGGAAUAGAGCUUUCAAAUAUACCGUUAGUUAAGACGUUUAUUGUAAGGCUGUGUUUUAACAUGCUACUGUAAAUCUGAUUUUAAUUGAAAACAGAUCUAAAGUGGUUAA